CAUUGAUAUCCGAGCCAAUAAGGCGUCAGCAGACGGCGGCAUGAGGAAGACGCGGUGCUAAAACAUGACAGCACAGCUCUCACACACAGUCACAACACAACACACACACAGAAAGACACAAUGGCAAGCGCAGAUAACAAGGAUAUCUCCUAUGAAGAUCUGAAAGUCCUCCUGGAGAAGGGCCAGAGCCUCCUUCUGGUUGAUGUCCGUUCUCAAGAGGAGGUGGAUAAAGGACGGAUCCCAGGAUCCAUCCACAUUCCAGUUGAUGCAGUCGGGAACGCCUUGGCACUGGAUCCUGCAGAAUUCAAGGCCACUUACGGGGUGACCAAGCCACCGCUGGAUGCCCCAGAGCUGGUGUUUCACUGCCAGAUGGGCAGACGAGGAGGUUUGGCCACAGACACGGCACGAGAAUUAGGAUAUAAGAGUGCGCGCAAUUAUGCUGGAGGAUACAAGGAGUGGUCUGAGAAAGAGGGAAAGUGAUUUGUCCAGAGCAAAAGCCUUAUACAUCUGCACACAUAACAACUUUGAGAGCUAAAUGGGCAAAAUGAAAAAAUAUAUUGCUGUUUACUUUUCUUUCUCUGACACCUUUCUAUGAUCCACUGGAUUUAAAAUGUUGAUCAAUAAAAAAAAAAAUGCUCACAUUCA